UGUGCUCAUGAUCCGCUGCCUUCCAUCUUUUUGAUCUCUCUUUCGUUCUUUGUUACACUACCUAAAUUAAUUCUUUCGUUAAUACCUCUCAAAGGCGGGUCACUGACCAUGGCCUGGAAAGUCAUCUUACCCCUGGUUACCUUCAUUAUUCUCGCAUCUGCUGCCCAAGUCCCUCGAGAAAUUCAAUGGACGGACGACACAUUCGGACCUGAUGGUCCCUGGCGUGGUGUCAGCGUCCAGAUUGGAAGCAGUCCCACUUCCAUUUCACUAUAUCCUGGCGGGACGUGGGAAACCUGGCUUAUCAGCGAUGAUUACUGCGAACGAGGAACGUGCUAUGCUUCGAAAGCAGGUACUUACGACAAAAGAACCGGCGACCGAACUGGCUUGAAUAUCCUCGUGGAACUGGAUAACUUCAUGCAAGGUGUGAAUCUCGAAGGCGACACGAGCAUUCGAUACCGAGACGAUAUAAUGUUUGGCGAGAUUAAUACUAUCAACUCGACUAUCGCUUUGCUUGACGCGCAGAAGAUUAAAUAUCCAGGCGGUCAGACCGUACCUUUCUUUGCGGGUUGUCUGAGUUUGGGCGGUCCAGGAUCCGUCAACCAAUCCUUUGAACAACCCGACGGGAAACCUGCUACCAAUGGCAGUAUGCCACCUGGAUGGUUCUGGGAGAACGAGUUCACACCGUCCAAUUCCUAUGGUAUGCACAUCGGAUCCGUCAAGCCCUCUGUUGCUGGUUCUCUCUGGUUCGGUGGAUAUGAUAAGAACCGCGUUAUUGGGGAAGUGCUCACGCUGAGCGGAAGUCCGAGAGAUGACGGUAUCACAGUUUGGGAUAUUGCCAUUGAAGGUGUUGGUGAUCACUCUCCGUUUACUUCCAAGUCCAAGAAUAAUCUCUUGGCCAAGGGCAACUCCUCUAUCACUAGCGGUCUGAAAGUCACUGUGGACGGAUGCUCUCCAUACCUCACCCUCCCAAAGUCCACUUGCGACAACAUCGCCGAACACCUUCCCGUCAACUUCAAUUCUGACCUUGGUCUCUACAUCUGGGACACAAAGUCAGAUCAGUACGACGAAAUCGUCAACUCUGCGACUGCUUUAUCAUUCUCGUUCAUAUCAGACACGAACACCGACCCCGUCAAGAUCAGAGUUCCAUUCAUGCAUCUCAACCUCACUCUUUCGGAGCCAAUUGUCGAUAACCCUAUUCCCUACUUCCCAUGCCAUGUGAACAAUAAUGGAAGAUAUGUCCUCGGACGAUCGUUUCUACAAGAUGCUUUUAUCGGAGCGAACUGGCAUCCUGAUGCCAACAGGUGGUGGCUGGCUCAAGCACCAGGUCCCAGAGUUCAAGCGACGACAGACGUCACGUCAAUUGAGGUCAAGGAUAAGACUAUCAGCAAGGGUGGAAACAACUGGGAAGCUUCAUGGAAAGGUGUCUGGGACGAUGAGCCAGCGGCAUCGCCAUCGACCACUCCAACCAAAGCGGCUAGUCCCUCAGAACAAGAUGAAGUUGAAUCAAAGCCCUCCAUGCCAACCGCCACAAAGGUCGGAAUCGCCGUCGGAGCAGGUGCUGCCCUCUGUUUCAUCGCUCUUGGUCUCGGUAUCUUCUUCUGGCGACGGCGCCGUAGAGCUCAAGGCCAACAGUCUGAGACGCAACCAACGCAUUAUAAAGAUAACUCUGAUGGCUUUUCGGUAAAUUGGCCUAGUGCCUUGCCGCCGCAAGAGGUGUACGUUCCUAGGCAUAAGUUGCCUCCAUAUGAGAUGUCAGCAGAUGAGAGGCGGAUAUAUGAGAUGUAUGUUCAUGAGUCGCAGCAGAAGCGGCCAUUGACGCAGCGAUACGAGUUGGCAUGAAUUAGCGAGUCUUUGAAGCGAAAACUGUUCUUUUUUAAUGAUUUCUUUGUAUUGUUAAUGAUCACAUUAGAAUAGAUAAUUGCUCCCGACAUUGUAUAUCAAAUUUCGGUUGUCAGGUGUUAUCAUCUGAUCACCUUCGUUCACGCUGAC